AUGGGACAGUUUCCGGAUGAGCCAGGGGUGCUCGGAGGUGUUGCCGGCGUAGGGUUAGGACUUGGGACCGACGGAGUUGGGACCGAUGGAGUUGGGACAUGCAUGGGUGGCUUAGGACUUGGGACCGGCUUAGGCUUAGGACUUGGGCUCGGCUUCGGCUUAGGACUUGGGCUGCAGCCACAAUUUGUUGCAGCGGUUAAGGUGAAAAAGAGGAUGUUGAGUGCAAAGAAAAGAGCUAGAGAGGCGGAGUUCUUUGAAGCCAUUGUUUUUCUCAAAAGAUAG